AUGAAAUCUCACCCAGAAGAUGGCGACACCGCGAGCUUCACCUACGGACCCCCGAGUUCGGCCUCGUUGGGGUCUAAAGACGAAGAACUUGGAAGCGACUCCAAGCAUUCCAGCAGCAAGGCGAGAAUCAGCCGCAUAGCAAAAUCGUUGGUGGGCAAUCCUGCAACCUUCCUUCGCACUCAAAAUGAGAGUCGUGGAGUGCGCAAGCAGAGGACCUACGAACCCAGUCACCGUUGGUGGGAGCCCCCUCUGAGUUCGUGGCUUCCUCAGUUUAACCGAGAAGUCUUGGUGGUCUUGUGGAUCUACAAUGUUCUCGUGGCUGUUCUCGCCCGUUACACGGGCCUUUGUGGCUACCCUGCUGAAGACAGCCCGGCCCAUAGUUUCUGCGGGGAGGACUGGGUUCUUCUGGAAGAUAACGCUCUUGGUGGGUUCGCUGUGGGUAUGUUUCUACUCCUUGCCUUCAGAGCCAACCAGGCCUACGACCGCUUCUGGGAAGGUCGCAAGAUGUGGGGAAGGACUCGCGAAGUGUGCCGUGAUUAUGCAAGGCUUGUCUGCAACCACGUUGAUUGUGAAACCGAAGAUGAUCUGGCGGAUCGGCGACGAGUUGUUGACUUCUUGACAGCGUACGCGGUCUCUCUGAAGCUUCAUCUACGAGAUGAAAAACACAUUGCAAGAGACUUACUGGAGGAAGAGAAUGUCAUCACAGAGUCUCUGACACUGAGUUUUCAAGACGUUGCCAACAUCCAACAGGCGGCGCACAUGCCCACGUACUGCAUUGAUAUUCUAUCCAGCUAUGUGGCGGACCAAACUAAAAAAGGGAACCUAUCAGACUACCAACUGGGUGUCAUCAAUACUACCGUCUUGGCCGUGCUCAGUGAUGCCUUGGGAUCGUGCGAACGCAUCAAGAACACACCUAUUCCUCUUUCCUACGUCUUGCAGCUGAGGUUCUUUCUGAUUCUUUGGUUGAUCCUCAAACCUCUUCACAUUGUUGCUUUUUAUGGAUGGUACACAAUCCUCUUGGCAUGUCUGAUUUCUUUUGCAGUGCUUGGAAUUGAAAGUAUGGCCUGCGAAAUCGAGGAGCCCUUUGGUUACGAUCGCAAUGAUCUGGAUCUGGAUAACAUGUCCCAAGGACUCUGCAAAGAUACUCAAGGCAUUCUAAAGAGGCAUGAAAGUGCUGACCGUGACAAGUUGUACGACCGAAAGGCUGUCACAGCCCUGGGCAAGUCUCAUGACUUCUCUACAAGUUUCCGCCUACCGAGUGCGAAAACCUUGAGAAGCAGCGAAAAGUCCAGGAAAGUCCCUCGUUUCAGCUUGCUUUCGAGUGCAAAACCAGCUUCAAACAAUGACGAAGGCUUUGAUGUUUGA